AAGAGGCUCCUAGGGGCAGGACUAAAGUCAUGGAAAGGUAGAAAAAAGCUCUUCAUUAAUGAGAUCCAAGAAAAAGCCAGGCUGAGGUUUGCAUGAGACUGUAAUGAUUGCACCUGAAUUUUCAACUGUUCAACGUGUAAAUACAUAAUUUACAUAAAUUCUAACAGUGGCAUGGCUAAUUUAAAAUGUUACAUAUAUUUGUAAUGGUAUUGCUAAAUGGCAAAUAAUGUGGUAUUUGGUGUGACUAUAGGAUGUUGAGGAAUUACUCUCAGUGAGACAAUAUGUUGACCAUGUAGAUAACAUCUCAUAGGAUUAAAUCAUUCACUUGAGCCAUUUACGACACAUUCCAUCUUUAAUACCUCAAUGUUAUUACAUUGACAGUUCGUGCUGAUGCAGUAUUUAAAUAAGCUGUUACAAUUAACUCGUGAGACUCAUCUUAAACUCUAAACUCUCUCUCGUCAGACAGGAAAUUCUUCACACUCUCCAGCACUGAGCUGUGGACGGGGUGGAGAUGAAGAUAUGAAUAUAUACCAGGCUGAUCUGAUUAGAAACUUACUUGUUAGACUCUCAGACAACACAGUCUUCAGACACAUAUAGGAACAAGAGCUGCAACCAUGUCAUUUAAAGCUGUUAGACUAGAGUCAAAGAGGUGGACAGAGACAUGCAGAGAGGUGGGUGGCUCAUCUGUUUCUGAGGAUGUCACCGCUAGAAUCCCAAAUCUUUCCUCGUGGACACAUGUGGAGCCUGUGGUAAAUGGUCUGCCGUUGCAUGUCUGUUCUGUUGACCUCAACAAAUCCAGGACGGGACAGAAUCGACGAGAGCAUCACACAGAGCGUUAUCUUAGCGAUCACCUCAUCAUCCGCAGAGGACAGUGUUUUGAGAUGUGGAUUGAGCUGUCCCGACCCUUUGAUGCAAACUGUGACCAACUUCACCUGGAGCUGAGACUAUGUAAUAUCCCUUCAGCAUGGAGCGAGACGCUCACGGUUGUUCCAUUAGUGAAGGAAUUCAAGAAAGACUGCUGGGAAGCCAGGAUCAUUGAACAGAUGCAAAACCGAAUAAAACUGUGUGUUUACUCUCAGUCAACUGCUUCUAUUGGACGGUACAGACUUACUAUCGUAACCAACUACCCAGGAGGAGAGGCCACUUCAGCUGAAAAUGAUAUUUACAUACUGUUCAACCCCUGGUGUACAUAUGACGGUGUUCACUUGAGUGAUGAGGCGGAGAGAGCUGAGUAUGUGCUGAAUGAUAUGGGCACAAUCUACUAUGGAACUAAGCAGCAGAUAGGCUACAGAACAUGGAACUUUGGUCAAUUUGAAGAAGGUGUUUUGGCUGCGUGUCUCUAUGUGUUGGAGAAGAGUGGUGGGCCUUGCACUGGAUGGGGAGAUCCUGUUAAUGUAGUCAGAGUGAUAUCUGCAUUUAUUAAUGCCAGUGACAACAGUGGUGUGAUGGUGGGUAGCUGGUCAAGUACUUGCAGUGAUGGAACCUCACCUACUGCUUGGUGCAGCAGCAGUUCCAUCCUGAAACAGUACCACAAAAGUGGAGGAAAACCUGUCAAAUAUGGACAGUGCUGGGUCUAUGCUGGAGUUACCAACACAAUUUUGAGAUGUUUAGGCAUUCCAACUCGUCCAGUCUCAAACUUCAAUUCUGCUCAUGACACUGAUAUUUCAUUGACAACUGAUGUUUAUUUAGAUGAGAAAUUUGAGCCAAUUGAGCAUCUAAACCGUUAUCCAGUCUGGAACUACCACGUGUGGAAUGAGGCCUGGAUGACCCGGCCAGACCUGCCAUCUGGUUUUGGAGGAUGGCAGGUGGUUGAUUCCACUCCUCAACUAACUAACCAGGACAAUCUGCGCUGCUGCCCUGUUUCUGUUGCUGCAAUCCGCAGUGGGCAGGUUCAGCACGACGCGGCAUUGCUAUUCGCUGGAGUGAACAGCGAUAAAAUCUACUGGCAGCGCAAAGCAAAUGAAAACUUUUCUGUAAUUCAAGUUGAGAAAAACGCAGUAGGUCACUGCAUCAGCACCAAGGCUGUUGGCUCAGAUCAACGUAUAGACAUCACGAACCUCUACAAACACCCAGAAGGUUCCGACGGGGCACGAACUGCUGUAGAAACAGCCUGUCGCAGUGGCUCCAAACAGUCCGUAUACACGCUAUCAGACGCUGAGGAUGUGAUCAUUGAUGUCAACAUGAAGGGUGACGGACCAUGUGUUGGUCAGGAUGUCGUGCUUUCCAUCAUCCUGAAGAACAAGUGCAGGUCUCCUCGUAGCCUCACUUUGUACAGCCAGGUGGUAGCCAUGUACUACACAGGAGCCCGAAAAGCCUUGGUUAAAAAGGACCAGACACUCAUUCAGUUCAAGUCAUACGAGGCCCAGAUUCUGGAGUGGAUCUUGCCGUAUGAGGACUACAAGGAGCACUUGGUGGAUCAAGCAGCACUGAUGCUCACCCUCUCUGGACGGGUCUCAGAGACCACGCAGACACUGACCACCCAGUUCAACUUCAGACUGCGCACACCUGAUCUCAUUAUCAUUCCUCUUUGUGGUGGUGUAGUGGGCAAAGAGAUGACAUUCAAAAUCAAAUUCCAGAACCCGCUUCCAUGUGUACUGAAGAAUGUCGUUUUCCGGUUUGAAGGGCUGGGAUUGCAGGAUGUCAGAACAGUUAACUAUGGUGAUAUUCCAAGUCUGUCUGCAGUGAACCUGACGGAGACCUUCGUUCCUAAAUAUCAUGGGCCACAUAAGCUUCUGGCAUCUCUUCACUGUCCUCAGCUCACUCAGGUGCAUGGAUUCACCAACAUUGAUAUUCACGAAAAAAUGUAGAAUAAUUACGCUAAUGAUUAGAGGCUGUUUAUGUUAUAAAUCACAUCUCAUACAGCAUGUUUAAGUAUUUUGAAGGACCUAUUUGUGUGUAAAUAUGUCACACUUAUCACAUGCCAGGCUACUAAGAUGUAAUUUGUAGCUUUGUAUUUAAUAAACAUUUGUGUGUCUUAAUUUCCUUUAUAAUGCAGUUAUGAUGUGUAAUUAAGCACUACUGUCUUCUCUCUAAUAAUGGUAAAUGUUUUAAUAAUGAUUGAAGAACUGGUUCUUCUAUAAUACUUGAUAAUAAUAUGAUGUUCUAAGCAUAGAUAUUAAAUACAAAAGCAUGUGUAAAAUGUGUAGGAACGACAGUGAAUUAGAUAACCUGUUUUUCACAUACAAUAGUGACAUACACUUGACUUGAAGAUUCACAACUAAAUAAACAUUGUAUUGAACAGGUAACCUUUCUAAAUGGCAAUGGUUUUGUGAUGUUCUAGACGCUUCUUGUGCAUGUUGGCAGUCAAUAGCUUUAUAGACUCGCUUCUCCUUUCUAUUCAGCAUUGGGUUUUCACAAUGAAUUAAAAAUAAUUAAGGUCGUAACUUCAGAUGAUGGGAAUCUGAAAAUGCUGUGUCCACGAGUGUCACGUUCAGUGAUUAUUUGUCAAGUGUA